UCUUUCUGCCGAGAGAAUAAAGAACCACAACAGCCAGUAGCUAGAUUUGAGAGAGAUCUUGCUCAAUAAUUUAGCAGCCAUGGCAGACAACAACAACCUCACAAUCGACCCGAGAAGCGGCUUUUGCAAAUCAAACUCUGUUUUCUACAGCAAACGCAAGCCAAUCCCACUCCCACUAACUGACUUCCUAGACGUCACCACCUUCAUCUCCUCCCGUCCUCACCACGGCAAAACAGCCUUCAUCGACGCAGCUACCGGCCGCCACCUCUCCUUCAAAGACCUAUGGAAAGCAGUAGAUUCCGUUUCCACUUGUCUCUACGACAUGGGAAUCCGCAAAGGCCACGUCAUCCUCUUACUUUCUCCGAACUCCAUCUUCUUCCCCAUCGUUUGCCUCUCCGUCAUGUCUUUAGGCGCUGUAAUUACCACCACCAAUCCUCUCAACACUCCUCGUGAAAUCGCUAAACAAAUUGCGAACUCGAAACCUUCACUCGCUUUCACUACUCCUGAACUCCUUGCCAAACUCACCGAGUCAAACUCAAACCUCACCAUCAUCCUCAUAGACGAUGAGAUCACUGAUGCCUCCACUAAAACAAAGGCCAAAAUUGUGACAACAUUAAGUGAAAUGGUAAAAAAAGAACCAAGUGGGAUCCGAGUUAGAGAGCAAGUCAAGCAGGAUGACACAGCGACGCUACUCUACUCUUCAGGCACAACAGGAGAAAGCAAAGGUGUGGUGUCCUCACACAAGAACUUAAUCGCUAUGGUACAAACGAUUGUUGAACGGUUCAGAUUAAACGAAGGAGAUCACAAAUUUAUCUGUACGGUCCCGAUGUUUCACAUCUACGGUUUAGCAGCGUUUGCCACAGGAAUUCUGGCAGCAGGGUCAACGGUCAUCGUUCUCUCAAAAUUCGAAAUGGGGGAGAUGUUAUCGACGAUUGUGAAAUACCGGGCCACUUAUUUACCACUCGUGCCGCCGAUACUAGUAGCGCUGAUCAACGGGGCUGAUCAGAUACGGGAGAGGUAUGAUUUGAGUUCGUUGAAUUUUGUUUUAUCAGGCGGAGCUCCACUGAGUAAGGAAAUGGUUGAAGGGUUUUCGGAGAAGUAUCCAGGGGUUACGAUUUUACAAGGUUAUGGGCUCACUGAAUCGGCGGGGAUUGGUGCUUCGACGGAUACGUUGGAGGAGAGUAGGAGGUAUGGUACGGCAGGGCUAUUGUCGCCGAACACGGAGGCCAAGAUCGUGGACCCGGAGAGCGGUAAAGCUUUGCUGGUGAACCAG